UCUGUCGCUGUCUCCGCCGCUGCCUGCGUCUCCGCCGCACACCUUAGCAGACACCAUGAACCCCGACCUGCGUAAGGAGCGGGCCGCCGCCACGUUCGACCCGGAGCUGAUCACACACCUCCUGGAUGGCAGCCCUGAGAAGACCCGGCGCCGCCGAGAGAUCGAAAACAUGAUCCUCAACGACCCGGACUUCGAGCAUGAGGAUUAUAACUUCCUCACUCGGAGCGAGCGUUACGAGGUGGCUAUCAAGAAGAGUGCCGCCAUGGUGAAGAAAAUGAGAGAAUUCGGUAUUUCGGACCCCGAUGAAAUCAUGUGGUUUAAAAGUUUUGCACACCGAGGGCGGCCUGAGCCUUUGGAUCUUCACUUGGGCAUGUUCCUGCCCACCUUGCUUCACCAGGCCACCGCAGAGCAGCAAGAGCGCUUCUUCAUGCCCGCCUGGAAUUUGGAGAUCACUGGCACUUAUGCCCAGACAGAGAUGGGUCAUGGAACUCAUCUUCGAGGCUUGGAAACCACUGCCACAUAUGACCCCAAAACCCAAGAGUUCAUUAUGAACAGUCCUACGGUGACAUCCAUUAAGUGGUGGCCUGGUGGACUUGGGAAAACUUCAAAUCACGCAAUAGUUCUUGCCCAGCUCAUUACACAGGGGACAUGCUAUGGAUUACAUGCUUUCGUUGUACCUCUUCGUGAAAUGGGGACCCACAAACCCUUUCCAGGUAUUACUGUAGGAGACAUUGGUCCUAAAUUUGGUUAUGAAGAGAUGGAUAAUGGCUACCUGAAGAUGGACAACUAUCGUAUUCCCAGAGAAAACAUGCUGAUGAAGUAUGCCCAGGUGAAGCCUGAUGGCACGUACGUGAAACCUGUGAGUAACAAGCUGACCUAUGGGACCAUGGUGUUCGUGAGGUCCUACCUCGUGGGAGCAGCAGCUCAGUCUCUGUCCAAGGCGUGCACCAUUGCCAUCCGAUACAGCGCUGUGAGGCACCAGUCUGAAAUCAAGCCAGGUGAACCAGAACCGCAGGUUUUGGAUUUUCAAACUCAGCAGUAUAAGCUCUUUCCAUUCCUGGCUACUGCCUAUGCCUUCCACUUUGUAGGCAGCUAUAUGAAGGACACCUAUCAUCGGAUUAAUGAAAGCAUUGGCCAAGGAGACCUGAGUGAACUUCCUGAGCUGCAUGCCCUCACCGCCGGUCUUAAGGCUUUCACCACCUGGACUGCAAACACUGGUAUCGAAGAGUGUCGGCUGGCUUGCGGUGGGCACGGCUAUUCUCAUUGCAGUGGAAUUCCAAAUAUUUAUGUCACUUUCACCCCAUGCUGCACUUUUGAGGGUGAAAACACCGUCAUGAUGCUACAGACAGCCAGGUUCCUGAUGAAAAGCUAUGACCAAGUACAAUCAGGGAAGUUGGCAUGUGGCCUGGUGUCCUACUUGAAUGACCUACCCAGUCAGCACAUCCAGCCACAGCAGGUGGCAGCCUGGCCAGCGGUGGUGGACAUCAACAGCCCCGAAAGCCUGACAGAAAUAUACAAGCUUCGUGCAGCCAGAUUAGUAGACAUUGCUGCUAAAAACCUUCAGACUGAAAUAAGUCACAGGAAAAGCAAGGAAGUAGCGUGGAAUCUAACUUCCGUUUACCUUGUUCGAGCAACAGAGGCACAUUGCCACUAUGUAGUAGUUAAGCUCUUUGCUGAUAAACUCCUAAAAAUUGAAGAUAAAACCGACAAAGCCGUCCACGCCAUCUUAAAGAAUUUGUUUCUCCUGUAUUCUCUGUAUGGAAUUAGUCAGAAGGCAGGAGAUUUUCUUCAGGGAAACAUUAUGACGGGGUCUCAGAUUACCCAAGUAAACCAGCGUAUAUUGGAAUUGCUCGCUGUAAUCCGUCCCAAUGCUGUUGCUUUGGUUGAUGCCUUUGACUUUAAGGAUAUGACACUUGGCUCUGUCCUUGGCCGUUAUGAUGGGAAUGUAUAUGAAAACUUGUUUGAGUGGGCCAAGAAAUCUCCAUUGAACAAAACAGAGGUCCACGAAUCUUACCACAAGUACCUGAAGCCCCUGAAGUCCAACCUCUGAAGUGUCGGAAGGCCAAGUCUAAUCUGUUCCAGAAAGCAGCUGUUUGCAGCUCCUACCUGAUGCGAAAGUCUGCAUGGACUCUACCAAAUUCAUAUAGCUGCAGAACAAAUGAUAAAUUCACCUUGUUCUUUUUUAUAAAUGAAGAAAAAAUGAACAGA